UGGCGUGGCGGAAGUGGGCGGGGCAGGCCGUGCGCGGGAAGCUGGGGAGCUCGGCCGCGGCGCGGCAGCAGGCCCGGCGGCGGCGGCGAUGGAGUUCUCCAGCGGCCGAACGCGGCUGAAGCAGGCGCGGGUGGCCGGGGACCGGCGGGAGCUGUACCCCCACAGCCUGCAGUUCUACCUGGAGCCGCCCACUGAAAGCAUCUCUCUGGUGGAGUUCGAGAGCUUGGCCAUCGACCGCCUGAAGCUGCUCAAGGUAGUUGAAAACCUUGGUGUGAGCUAUACUAGAAAUAGCGAUUUUUACAAAAGCAAGCUGGAGGCUGAGCUCCGGAAACUUAAGUUUCCUUACAAAGCUUUGGCUGAGGAUGACUAUGAGGCAAGAAGAAAAGACCAUAUCUCCCAUUUCAUACUGCGCCUUGCGUACUGUCAGUCAGAGGAUCUCAGGCGUUGGUUUCUUCAACAAGAAAUGGAUCUCUUGAGAUACCGCUUCAAUGAACUAACUGACAGUUUAAGACAGAAAUUCCUGGAACAUGUUCACUUAUCAUUUGAAGCUGUUAGUGAAGACCUGAAAAGUGAAUUGGCAAAUGAGCUGUGUGCAUCAACCCCUGGCCUCACUGCAAAUAAAAUGAAAGAACAAAUGUUCUAUAAGGUUGGACUUGCAGAUGCUGUAGAUCUAUUUAGAGCCAGAAGAGUGUUCAUUAAAGACGGAUUUGCAUAUGUGCCACUAAAGGACGCUGAUUCAAUUGUUUUGAGUAACUAUAGAACAAAGUUAUCUAAAGCACUGGCGCUGACAGCACGAUCGCUGCCUUCCAUACAGUCUGAUGAGAGACUACAACCUCUCCUUAAUCAUCUCAGCCAUUCUUACAUUGGCCCAGAUUACAGUGUGCAGAGGAACACUGGAAAAAUUUCUCUAGAACAGAUUGAUGCUCUUUCUGUGAAGUCAUUCCCUCUUUGCAUGCGCCAGUUGCACAAAGCCCUACGUGAUAACCAUCAUCUCCGUCACGGAGGCCGUAUGCAAUAUGGACUGUUCUUAAAAGGCAUUGGCUUGACUCUGGAACAGGCACUGGAAUUUUGGAAGAAGGAAUUUGUCAAAGGAAAAGUGGAUGCAGACAAGUUUGACAAAGGUUAUGCUUACAGCAUUCGCCACAGUUAUGGGAAAGAAGGAAAGAGAACUGAUUAUACUCCGUACAGCUGCAUGAAGAUUAUCAUGUCCAAUCCACCAAGUCAAGGGGAUUAUCAUGGGUGCCCAUUCCGCCACUGUGUUCCUGAGCUGUUGAGGCAGAAGCUGCAGUCAUACAAGGUUCCUCCCAGUGGAAUAACUCAGAUCCUGGAAUUGGUGAAGGGCAUGCAUUACCAGCUGGCCUGUCAGAAGUACUUUGAGUUGGUGCAUGAUGUUGAAGACAUUGGGUUUUCUCUGAAUCAUCCUAAUCGGUAUUUUACAGAGAGUCAAAGGCUGUUAAGUGGUGGUAGAGAACUGAAGAAGGAAUUAAGUAAUUCAGGAACCUCUCAACAAAAAAGUAAUAGUCAGGAAAACAUGAAUUCGAAUACUACUCCCACCUCUUCAAAUACAACAGAUGAUGCAGAACUGGAGGGACUGGAGGCAUACUUCACUGAGGACUGAGCAGCUGUGUUACUUGCGUUUUUUCAUUCUGGUUUGGUUUUGGUUUUUGUGUGUGUGUGUUUGGGAUUUUUUUCUUUCUUUCAUUUUUUCCCUUCUCUGGCUGAGUUUGUCCCUAAACUAAGGAAUAUGCACUUCACUACCUGGAAGACACAGACAUGUAGUGCUUUCAGUAGGCUGGAGGGAGAGAUAACUGUAAUUGCACCUAGUACUUACUCUUACUGCUUUGGGACAUUGUUUUAUGUGGAAGGAUGGGAAAUAAAAGUUCCUUCCCAAUUAUUAAAUGGUUUUUGUCUAACUUACCUUUUUUGGUUUUCUUCAAAAUGUUUAAAUAUUUGUAUCCCAUUUUAUGGUCACUUUUAUAUGUUUCUUCUUAAUAAAUAAAUUGCAAAGCAGA